AUGUCGAUGAAUCCUGAAUGUCACCCCCCACUCCGUCCCACUUGGGCCCCUGGAGAAGGCUCGCACAACCUCCCUGAUGAUCAAUCAAGCCACAAGGACUCACUGGACGGGGCUACUAUCGGUCCCGACCAUGGUGAAUCGUCACCAACAAAGAAUAUGCUUCAUCGUCGCGGAAGCACUCUCUUUAUUGUGGUUUUCUAUGCCCUAGUUGCCCUCUAUUCCUGGGUAGUCUUUACCAUAUUAGCACGUCAACCCGUCGGUGCUGGAUGGCGAAUGCAACUAACCAAGAGGUUGUAUCAAUCUGUAAAGUUCCUCGGUGGAGUUGCCGGAGUUUCAGCUUUGCCCGUCGCGACGGCAGUAUGCGCACGAGCGGUCGUUGCCUACGACCAGAAAAGGCGAAAUGGCAUAACCUUACGGCAGACCAAGCUCCUUGCAGACCAUAAAAGGAUGGGCGGGUUAACCGACUUUUUCCCACUUCUUCAACUCACGGCCCCGUGUUCAGGGGAGCGAUGUUCUGGUGCAGCGAUUGCGGCUGUCGGGUGCAGUCGUUUUAUGGGUACCGGUCACUCUCUAGCCAGCUUGGACCCAGGGAAAUCCUUUGUUUCUCCAGCCUUUACGACUUUCAAUACCGGCCUGCUGAGGCAAUUUACGCCCCGGCUGAACUCAACGGUUUCCUUCAGCGUAGUACCUGCGAGAGAAUUUCCUAAGGAUUCGUCGAGGCGUGCAUGCCAUCAAACCAAGACAAAACCGCCUUGGAAAGAUGAAUUCCGAACCCCACAGCGUAUAUCAGAGGUUCUGAAUCUGAAAAUUGACAUUUUGACAGGGGAUGCCGACGAGUUUUGCGACGAGAAUCGCCCCAAUCAGGGAGAUAAUUAA